AAAACAAAUAAUAUCUCAACAACAUCUCUUAAAUCGUUGCUCUAUAAGAAGGGCAUCGAUCUGCCCCCCAAAAGGUAGAGCCUAUACAUAAGAUAAUGGCAGAAGAUCAUGAGGUGGUGGUAUUUGGUGUUUGGGGAAGUGCUUAUAGUCGCAGAGUAGAGACUGCUCUUAAACUGAAAGGAGUGCCUUACAAAUACAUUGAAGAAGAUUUAAGCAAAAAGAGUCCUUCGCUUCUCAAAUACAACCCCAUCCACAAGAAGAUUCCCGUCCUCGUACACAAUGGAAAGCCUAUCGUGGAGUCCCUUGUUAUUCUUGAAUACAUUGAUGAAACUUGGCAGGGGGGCUAUCCCUUACUCAUGCCCAAAGAUCCUUAUCAGAGAGCCCUAGCACGUUUCUGGACCAAGUUCAUUGACGACAAGUGCGUUCCUGCGAUACUGAAUGCUUUCCGUGGCGAAGAGCAAGAGCGUGAGAAGGCUGGGGAAGAAUUAGCAGAACUGCUAAAAUUAUUGGAGAAGGAGCUCGAGGAGAAAAGAUUCUUUGGAGGAGAGAAUAUAGGAAUGGUAGACAUUGCUGCAAACGUCAUAGGCUUCUCGCUUGGAGCUUUUGAAGAAGCUUCUGGGGUAAAGUUAAUGACAAGAGAGAAAUUUCCUAAACUCUGCAACUGGAGGGAUGAGUUUAUGAGCAACAGUGCUGCUAUCAAGGAAAAUAUUGGACCUUCCAGAGAGAAAUUCAUUUCCUUUCUACGAAAUUACUUAAGAAAUAAAUAAAUAAAUAAAUAUGUAAGGCUUCCAGGCCAAUAAAUCGACGAAUAUUAUAGAUCACGUACGUCUAGUACUGCAUAAUAAUUAAUUAUCCUGCACCAAUGUAAUAAAAUAGGCUUGAUUUCUCUUAUGAUCAAGUUUGUAAUUUCAUUAAUAUUUUAAUUUGUCUAUCAUAAGUACUGUUGGUUCUUGUUUAAUUAAUUUGGAAUCAUUCCUAUAAAUAAAUUAAUUGUCUCUAA